AUGAUGAAAGUUAUAAUCACACUAUUGACUGUCAUCGCCUCAAGAUCUGUUUCCUGUUCUUGUCGUAUAGACCAGGUUCCUGAAACUGGAACUUGUUUGUAUCAAAUCCAAUGUACUGAAACUAUAAAAGGAAUUCAACUCGGCAAUGAGUGCCAAGGAUCACCUAAUCUUAAUGUCGAGAUAGAUGUCAAUCUUCGAAAUGCCGCCGAUACUUUUCAUCUUAACGUUGAUACCGAUUUUCUUUCUAAGAUCACAAAACUUACAGUUUUAAGUAACUGGCCUAACACUGACCUACCGUUUCUGGAUAGUAUGCCUAGUCUCAGACAUGUGUACCUCAGUUACAGCCAGAUGAAAAAGAUUAACAACAGUCCAUUCCGUAACCUUAUUAACUUGGAAACCAUUGACUUGUCUCACAACAGUAUUUCUAAAAUUGAUGAGCUCUUUCAAUUCGAAAUACGUCCGUCCAAAAUGCGAAAAUUAUCACUAGCGUUUAAUUUUAUAAUUAACGUACCCGGCGAUACGUUUGAACAGCUCGUGAGCCUUCAAGAACUAGAUCUUUCUCAUAAUUUUAUCGAGGAGUUAAGUGAGGAGCCAUUUUUAAAUUUAACCAAUUUAGUAACUCUCCGACUGAAUCACAACAAAAUAUUCGACCUUAACGGCGCUAUAAACAAUUUGAUAAACUUGCAUCAUUUAUAUUUAAGUCACAAUCAAAUCGAUAAUAUCGAUAUGGAAUCUUUAAAAACAAUAAUGCACUUGCAAACUUUCGAUAUUUCACAAAAUAAAAUGGAAAAAUUAAAUUCUAUCAUAUUUUCCAGACAUUGGGAUCAUUUUAGCAAUCGAUCAAUUUGUAGAAUUAUUCUUUCAGAAAAUUAUAUUCACGUUCUACAUAACGCUUCUGAUUUUUUUGAUAGACUGAGAAGGAAUUCUUCUAAAAAUAAAGUUCAACUGUCAACUGAACUAGAUUUAUCGAAGAACGAAAUAAGCCACAUCGAAUACAAUGCCUUCUAUGCUAUUGUUAAGCUUGAAUCACUAGAUUUAUCAAAUAACAAAUUAACAAGUUUCGAUGUCAAUUCUGAACACCUUGUUUACGUCAAAUAUUUAAAUUUAAGUUGUAAUUACUUACAAAGUCUGUAUUACGAAAGCUUUUUGCUAAUGAAUAAUUUGCAAAACUUGGAUUUGUCGCACAAUUAUAUGGACUAUUUCCCUGACAAAACACUUUCGAAUAGUUACAAAUUGAAAUUCAUAAAUGUAACUUACAACGAAAUUACUAAAAUCAACAAUCUGAGAAUAACAUUUCAUCCAGAAGGUGGAGUCUUAGACCUCUCCAAUAAUGGACUGUCAGCUUUGAAUAUUCCGGUCAACGAAGCAUGGGGAUUGAGAGAACUUAUACUUAAUUCUAAUAAUAUAACUAAUGCAAAUUUAAUAAGACUAACGGACCAACGGGAUCUAGUAAGACUAGACAUGAGUAAAAAUCACAUUCAAGAAAUAAACGAAACAACGUUACAGUUACCUGACAAAUUGGGAUCUCUAGACUUAAGUUUCAAUGAAAUUCAAGUAAUUAGACCAUCUGCUUUUUAUCGUGUAAGUCAUUUACAAACAUUGAGAUUAUCUCACAACAGAAUACAAACCAUUGGUUAUGGCGUUUUCCGUGGAUUAACGGAAUUACUAAACUUAGAUCUUUCCUAUAAUCAGAUCGGUAUUUUAGAUUCCAAAGUGUUUAUGGAUUUAAAAUUACUGACAUUUUUGUCUUUGAAAUACAAUGGAUUAAUUGUCUUCGACCGUGAGAGCUGGCUGACUCAUAAGCACGAUUUGAAAGUGUAUUUGGAUGGAAAUAAUCUAUCGUGCGAUUGGGUUGCUAAGGCAUUAAGUGAUUUUUACAAUGGAUAUUCAAAGAUGUAUCCGACGGUUAUAGAGACAGAAUUUUCGGGAAGCUCGAUAGACGGGGUGCCGUGCAUGCAAGAUGAUCAAAAGAUAUAUAAGCCUCAAUCAAACUAUGUGAUGGAUGAUAGGCUGUUAUUAACUAGCCAGAAGAUCCUUGAAGCAGUGAAAGAACAAACUUCGUUUUUGAAGAAGUACAUUUGGCGUUCUGUUCUUCAAGAUUCCGAAAUGCAAACGUCUACGAUACAUAUUGUAAAGUAAUACUUUUAAUGUAACAAUAAUAAGUAAUUUUUUAAAACUAAGUGAUUUAAUUAACAUUUGAGUAAUUAAUUUUCAUUAUAUGUUUUUGUCUGUAGCACCAUUAGUAUGUAAAGCUUUAUUAUUCUAUAAUUAAAUUCAAAUUAUUAAAUAUUAUUUCUAUAUAAUACUUACUGUACGAAUCGUAUUUUAUUUG